UCAUAUUGAUAUUUCCUUCUGACCCUCUCCCUUCCUCUCUGAAAUCAAUUUUUAAAAAAAGAAAAGAAAAAGCUCCAACAAGAUUUGUUUAAUGGGAUUUAUUUUCAAUGCCAUUCCGGGCACCUUGAGCAGUGCCUAAUGCAAAGUCGGGGCUGAGUUAUACUUGAUGAAUGAAUGAAAGCAUUUGUCGCACACUGAGCAGGAUCCUUUGAAGUCCUUGGCCACACCUCACUUCCCAGCAGAGCUUCCUAUCCCUGGGUCCUGCUGCAUCUGGACAUUUAAAGAUGUUUGUCAAGUUGCCCUCCUCCCCUUCUUUUACUCUCAGUACUGAGUGGGGAAGGGAGGAAGGACAUGGUCUCCUCUUAAUUCCAGGCUGCUUUGUCUUUCUGACUCUCUCCCAGGCCCCAGCAGCCUUCUCCCUUCCUCUUCUCCCCUCUCCUGACAGCCUCUCUCUUGGAAGUUCCAGGUUCUUUGUGGCAACACCCCUAUAGGUGCCUCUCUCCUCCUCUCCCUGCUCUGGGGUAUCUGCAGAAAGGCACAUCUCUAUGUCCCCUACCCAGCAGAACACUGUGACCCCUCUUUGUGGGGCUGAGGCUGCCCUUAUUCUGAGAUUUCUCUUAUGACCUCACCUUCUGUAAGUGAAUCAGAGUCUGUUUCACUUUCCCUUUUGCUUCAGCUGCUCAACUGGUUCAAGGUCCACCCCUGCAUGGGCUGGGCUUCCCCAGCCUGGAGCUCCCCUAGUGGCAGGUGAGUUUUCACUUUUCCUACAUCAGCUGGGAUUGCCCCUCUGUCCAGGCUAAAAGCUGCACCAUGGAGCUCUGCAGAAUUACACCUCAGCAGUGCUGCAAGUGCAAAGAUACAGACAGAGCAGCAGGCUGAGACCCAGAAGAGGAGACUGAGACCAGAGACACCAAACAAGACUGGGUGAGACCCAGGUGACAGCCUCUGAGUGGACACUUGGAUCCCCAUUUGCUGACAGAGACAAGAGACCAGAGGCCAGGAUGAAGCGGGACUUGGCUGUGUGUUGCACGCUGGUGCUGGUGCUGAUGCUGAUGGCCUCGGUGCUGACCAGGACAGGAGCAGCUCCUGCCCCUACGCCCGCCAGGACCCACCUGGGUGCAAGGGGCUGCCACAUGGGCCAGUUCAAGUCUCUGUCGCCACAAGAGAUGAAGGCCUUCAAGAGGGUCAAGGACGCCCUGGAAGAGUCGCUCCUGCUUAAGAACUGGAGCUGCGGCUCCCGCCCCCUCCCCAGGACCCGGGACCUGAGGCAGCUGCAGGUGUGGGAGCGCCCUGUGGCCUUGGAGGCUGAGCUGGCCCUGACACUGAAGGUCCUGGGGACCUUGAAGAACUCGACCCUGGGGGACAUCCUGGACCAGCCCCUGCACACGCUGCACCACAUCCACUCCAAGCUUCAGGCCUGUGUCCCAGCUCAGGCCACAGCAGGCCCCAGACCCCGGGGCCCCCUCCGCCAGUGGCUGCAUCGCCUCCGGGAGGCCGGGAAGAAGGAAUCCCAGGGCUGCCUUGAAGCCUCUGUCACAUUGAACCUCUUCCGCCUCCUCACCCGUGACCUGAGAUGUGUGGCCGCUGGAGACCUGUGUGCCUGACCCUGACACCCACCGGCAACCUGUCCCAGCCUCUUGGAUUUUAUUUAUGCAUGCCCCCCCUUUUUUAAUUUAU